UGUAUUGACCUCGGUUGCUGUGGUUACGGACUCCGGAAGUUACCCAGUAACAUUUUGAGAAACAUGGCUUCUCAAAAGAGCUGGAUUGAUAUCCUAAAAUCAUCAAAGAAAACAUCUUUUACACACGAUGGAAAAAGAAAGAUCCACUUCCUCUUCACAGAUGGAAAAGAAUUGACAGAGGAAUAUGAUUUAAACACAGAUGAGCUAAUCGUACGAAAGUGGCGUCAUAAAAGUACCCUGGGAGCUCAGGGCCAAUGGCAGGUAGAGGUGGGGGAGCCCCUCGCAGGUCCUGUCACCUCUUCAGAAUCGGAGAUCAGGGAGAACUGCUUCAAUCCUUUGUUCUUGCGCAAAGACACAAAGACCAGCUUUCAGUGGAGAGUUCGCAACCUUCCCUACCCCAAAGAUGUCUUUAGUGUAUUUGUGGAGCCAUCUGACAGAUGCAUCAUCAUAAAAACCUCAAACAAAAAGUAUUAUAAGAAGUUCAGUAUUACUGAUUUAGAUCGCAGUCAGCUGCCGUUGGACGACUCCGCCCUCAGCUUCACUCACGCCAACAACACUUUAAUUGUCAGCUACAAGAAACCCAAGGAGAUCUUAACCCUUGAACAGGAGCUUCUGAAGGAGUUGAAGAAACUAAAGGUGACCAGCGAAUGGGGAUUCUGAUGGCAAAACUGAAUGAAUUUGGACUUAAGGAGCAAGAAGAUGAUUAUAUGUUGCAUUUGAACAAUAUCUCAUACAUUUUCAUAAACUUUGUAACGGAUCAAUGUGUGUUUUCUCAAAUAAUUUCCCUUUGAUAAUAUACAUAUUUACAUUAAAAUGAUGAAUUGUAUCACAA